AUGAACACUCUUAAACAAUCGAACGCCGCCAACUCACCCGAAGACAUGUCCACGAAAACAUCAACGCCUCUGCGUUCCAAACCCCAACUCAAGAAAGAUGACUUGGAGAAGAUAGCCAAGGAGCUCAAGCUGAAGCUUUCCAAGGCUUCCGUCACUGCUAAGCAGCUGAUGUCCUCCACGGCAGCCAAGACCCAGCUGCCUGACAGCCCUGUGUCACAGACGUCCUUGCCAAAACUGAGCCCCUUGAAGAACUAUUACAUGUGGAAGCGCCAGAUGGCAUCCGGCCGUUCCCCCAACGUGACAUCCUCGCCCAGCUUGGUGUCCCCUGAUGGAAAACUGCCCACGCUGACUAAACCGUCUGUCUUUUUGGCUAGCUCUCCGACGAAGUCCCGCAAGGCUUCUACAAGCUCUUUUGCUGAGGAUGAACCCAACGACUCGCCUAUCAAGAGACGCAGAGCUACCAGUGGGGCCGCUAUCAAAAGUCCCGCUCCUCAUAUGGUUCUCAAGGAACUUAACGGACCCGCUACUCCUCCAGGCGCUCUGGGCAAGAACUUGAAUCCAUCGCCUGUGCUUACAUCGAACCCUCAGAAGGGUAACACGCAGACGACUCCCACUUUGGCGAAGAAGCAGCUUUCUGCCAACCUGGCACAGUCUGCCCUACUCAAGACCCCAACUCAGUCUAGAAGAGCUUCAGUUUACAAUGAUGACGAAGGUGCCGACCUUCUCAUGUACUUGGCCACGUCUCCUUCGCCAGCUAAACCAGCUUAUGCGAAUACACCUAGGGCGUCUACCGCGCCUAACGGCUCUGCGAACCACAACUUCCUAAUGGCGAAGCCCCUGCUGAGCGGUGCUCUGUUCAUCUCGCCACAACCACCUCUCACACCAAAGAGAACGCUUCAUUCCACUGCGAAGACACCUCAGAAUAGAUUAACUCCUUCCUUGGGACUCCUGGGAGGCGUCGGCGUACCGGGCAGCGCGCUACCCUCGGCAGGUUUGGCCCUUACUCCGGCAGGUUUCAAUAUGGGCGAUUAUGUCAAUUUUUUCACACCUUCUCCCGGUGGUGCUCAAUCAGGACAUGCUCACCAGCUGGCCAACCGUAACUUGCUUCGAACGCCCGACUUUGUCGGUCUCAUGCUGCAAAAGACCCGUGUUGAUGGUAAAAUGAUCAAUUUCGACAAGGUUGGCUUGUUUGGCUCGCAGCUGAACCCCGAAUCUUCCAAGGAGUAG